AUGUUGGCGACGCCGAACUUGGGCUUAUCCUAUCAGGAUCGGCUGACACAGCCCGAAGUUCUAUACGCGUGUCUUUUUGUCCUCUUGGCUGUGACUAGUCUCUGCAUUGCCACACUGCUUCUCCCAGCACCGUUCGCUCCUGUUUCCAGAGUUAUCUCUUGGGUCCUCAGUAUCUAUUUACAAUUGCAGAAUCCGAUUCAACAUACAGAGACUGGUAGGAGUAUCCCCGGGCCGAAUUACGUGUGGCCCAAUGGACAAGGCGAUGUAGAGAAGGUCUUGACAAGACCCGAGCAGCUGCACGCCAUUUUCAGAGAUUCAGACAAGCAUACGAAAGCCACGAAUAGUGAUUCUGGUUACUUUAUGAGCCGUAUCCUGGGUGAGUGCCUAGGGCUAAUGGCGGGUCAGCGCUGGAAAUUCUUGAAGGGGAUUGCGGCACCACCAUUCAUGCACCCAGCAGCUGUCAGGUCCAUCGGUCGGAUUCAGGAGCAUGUUAGGGCCCAUUUCCAUGACCUCGAGAGCAUCGGAAAUUUGAGAGAGGGCCGGAUACACCCCGUUCAGGACCUGAAGAUGCUUCCGUUUUUCAUCGUUGCAGAGGCCAACUAUGGCUCCCUUACACCAGACAUGAAAUCUGAACUCAAUGCCCUCGCACCUGCCCGUGAAAAUCUCAUGAAAUUCGUUCUUUUCGGUGGUCUGGCCCGCUUUAACAUCUCGCGCUUCUUCCCAACGGAAGCCAACCGUCAGCUGCAGCGAUUCCGCUCUCAGUGGCGGGCGUUCAAUCGCGCCGCAUAUGAGCGUGCCCGGGACAAACACCCGUCGGCGAUGGUUGUCCAGAUGUACGACGCCGUGCUCAAGGGCACCCUCAGUGAGGAGCAGGUUGCACAGACAAUGGACGAAACGCUGUACGCCAACCUGGACGUCACAACGGGGGGUCUUUCCUGGAACCUGGUGUUUUUGGCUGCCAAUCCGGCCUGCCAAGCACGUCUGCACGAGGAAAUAUCCGCGCUGACAACUGCCGAGGAAGAAGGGUAUAUCUCUCGGAACGGAACCUAUCUUGCAGCAUGUGUGCUAGAGUCAUCCCGGCUCCGUCCAGCCCUACCCUUUACCAUCCCGCAGUCUGCGCCGACGGAGCGUGUAGUAGAUGGAUAUCGCAUCCCCGCUGGCACCAAUUAUGUAGUUGAUACCUGGGGACUGAACGUGCGGAAUGAAUUUUGGGCACCCGAUAAUAACACAUAUCGCCCCGAGAGGUUCUUGAACAGCUCGAACACGGAUCUACGGUACCACUUCUGGCGCUUUGGAUUUGGCCCUCGCCAGUGUAUCGGGCGCUACACUGCUGACGUGGUGAUACGGGCCAUCCUGUUGCAUUUGGUCAAGCAUUAUGAGUUGCAGAUGCUCGAGGAAGGGAGUUGGACGCAGGACCCUGAGUGUUGGAUCACGCAUCCAGACUUGCAAUGCCACCAGCGCAAAGUCCGCUGUAGCAAGACGCUGCCGUGCUCGGCCUGCGUACGGCUCGGCGCUGCGUGUCGCUACCCCACCACCGACGCCAACGCUCAUCGGCCUCGGAGGGUCCAGAAAGUCACCAUCACCGAUCGGGUUGUGCAGCUGGAACGGAGUCUGGCCGUGCUAGCUAACAAUGCUGGCGCGUCGCAACUUCCUGACCAUCCGAACGUCCGAGUCACCUCCGCGGCCUUGCUGCCAGAACCACCGCAAUCUCCCAGCCGCCAACAGGAGCUUCUUGUUCCGGAUGGUGCCUCCACUCGGUACAUCAACGAGGCAUUCCUCUCGCAGAUCCUGGACAAGGAGAAGGCUCUGUGCAAAGUCAUAGGGACCCCACGGGAUACAGAUGAAACCAACGCAGGCUUGCGACCAGAAGGCAUUUUGGCAAGCGCCAGACGGCCUGCGCAUGGGGGUAACGAGCUCGACUUGUCGCGCUGGCAAUCCGCACAGUUAUGGCAGAUAUAUCGCAACAAUGUUGAUCCCGUGGUCAAAAUCCUUCACCUUCCAACAGUGGAGCCACUGGUGUAUUCGAUUAUGAACGGUGAAGGAUCGGAUGACUGCAGGGCGCUUCUGUUCGCCAUUUACUUUGCAGCAGUGACCAGUCUGGCCGAGGUCGACGCUGCAAACCUCCUCGGGCGCGAUAGGCGAUCCAGCUUGCUAGACUUUCAAGCCCGCUUCGAAAAGGUCAUGAUCGACGCGGCCUGUCUGGACGCGCCGUCCAUGUUGUCCUUGCAGGCCCUGGCCAUCUAUAUCACAUGCCUCCGCGCACACCGUACAAGUCGAUCUGGAUGGAUCAUCAAUGGAGUCCUCAUCCGUGCUGCCCUGUCGAUCGGCCUCCAUCGCGACGGAACCCAUUUCAAUCUCCCCCCAUUCGACGCUGAGGUCCGCCGGCGCCUCUGGUGGCAGAUACUAGUUCUAGACUAUCGGGCUGCCGAGGACCACGGUCUUGCAGUACAUGGCUUUGGCAGCCGAUCGGAUACUCGUCUCCCCCUGCACGUCAAUGAUAGUGAUCUGUCACCCGAUCUGCGAAUCCUGCCAGGACCACGCGCGAAAUGGACUGAGAUGAGCCUCUUUCUCCUCACAUCGGAGAUUGCCAUCGCCUUUCAGAAGGUAUACCAGAGCACCUUGGGCCAGAGAGACCUCUCCCAGCGUCUCCAAACUGUGCAUGAGCUUACAACCUACCUGGAGAGUACGUACCUGUGCAACUGCGAUACGAACAUUCCCAUCCAGAAGGUCGCGUGGCUUUCCACGCGCUCUCUUCUCUCCAAGUUUGAAUUUUCCGUCUAUCAAGUGGGCCUCAGCAAUGAUCAAUCACAGGAAGCUGUUUCUUCGACUGCGGAACAGACGCUGAUAUCGGCAUGUGCCUGCUUGGAGCAAAGCAUGGAGCUGCAGACAGACGACCUGCUCCGUGGGUUCCGCUGGUUAUUCGCCAGCUACAAUCAGUUCCACUGCCUGAUGUAUCUUCUGUGGCAUCUGUGCGCUCAGCCCGCCGGGCCUCACGUGGUGCGCGUGUGGAAUAUUGUCGACGCCGUCUUCAACAUAACCGAGAAUGACCCAACCCGGCCGGAUCCAGGGCCGACGUGGAAGGUGCUGCGGCACUUACGGGAAAAGGCGAUACAACGGAGAGCGAAUGUCGCAAUGUCCUCGCCGACACAGCCUCGUGGAGCGUCUGAGGAACGUGUCCUCGAGUCACGCACGGCUGAAGAGCAUUCGGGGCAGGAUGCGGGAGGCGCAGCGGACGGGUUUGGGGAUCUCUUGGCUCCUCUAGAUCCAAGUUCCUUGACUGACUGGAUCAACCUCUCAGAGAAUUUGGGGAUGUAUCGAUUUGAACCUUAG